AUGAAGGAACAAGAUCAGAUUGGAAAGGUGUCCUCAGAAACCUCUUCGCACACAAGCAUUAGAAAUUCAUCCAAUAUUUCGACAAAGUUGCUGUCAGGUGUUAGGGUUGGUUCACGUUUCAUUGCCUCUGUGGUUCCUACUCUCAAUUCAGUUCUGGAAUGGGCCUCUCAGUUGUCGACUUCUGCUCCCUCACUGCGCAUAUUCAACAGAACUGGUUUUCAUGAUCUCAAAAACGACCCCACUAUUCAUAGUACAAUUACUGAUAGCGAAGAGACUGAGAAGAUUUGCCUGUGA